UGUGUUUAUUUUAACUUUCAGAAACCUCCAACAACAGUGAGAAUAUUCGACCGCAACGACUAUUACAGUGUCCAUGGCGUCGACGCGACCACGGCCGCCCACGAGGUCUUCUCGACGAAUUCAAAUAUUAAGAAGAUGGGAAUCGAACCGAACAAACUUGACUACCUUGUGCUAUCUAAGGGAAACUUUGAGAUUCUCAUAAGGAAAUUACUACUGGUGCGUCGGUACAGGGUGGAAAUAUACGUUGCAGAGGGUUCCGUUAGAGCAUGCGAGUGGUCGGUCAAGUACAAAGGCUCGCCGGGCUAUUUGUCCCAAAUGGAGGAAAUUUUAGGCGACGGUCUGGGCUCCUCUGAAGAACACGCUCCUUGUUUGAUGGCUGUCAACAUCAAAACCGACCCUGUGACCAAAGGUCGGCUGCUGGGUGUCGCGUGCGUCACGCCGGGGGAGUAUGUGAUGUCCGUGUCGGAGUUCACAGACGACGAUCUGUUGACAGAGCUCGAGACCAUCACCGUUCAAAUGGCACCCUCAGAAUGUUUAAUAUCACCAACCGACAACGAUGACUAUAAAUCUCUUAAGAAAGUGAUGGAGAGAGCGAAUGUGACCGUAACCAAGUUGAAGAAGGCGGAGUUUUCAACGGAAGGGCUGAAUCAAGACUUGAAUAGAUUACUGAAGUUCAAAGACGGACAACAGCAGGACGCCAACGCGUUUCCCGAGCUGGACAAACAAGUGGCUAUGACGAGCUUGGCGGCUACUGUUAGAUAUACUUCGCUGUUGAAUGAUAAUACUAAUUUCGGAAGAUUUCGACUAACAACAAUACAAGCAGACUGCUUCCUCCACAUGGACGCCGCUGCUCUGAAAGCGCUCAACGUAUUCCCCGAACUGGGGGACACGAACCACGCACCUUCUAGAAGCUUAUACGGACUUCUAGAUAGAUGCAGGACACAGCAUGGAAAACGGCUAUUAGCUCAAUGGCUUCGUCAACCUCUUCGAGAUAUAAAUCUGAUAAACGAAAGACUGGAUAUUGUUGAACUACUAAUGAACAACUCACAACUUCGUCAACAACUGCACGAGGGUCAUCUCAGGAGGAUACCGGACUUGCAAGCCCUGGCCAGACGGCUGACGAGGAAGAAAGCCAACUUACAAGAUUGUUACCGAAUUUAUCAAGCCAUAAAUAGACUGCCAUCCUUGCUACAAUGUUUGGCGGAGGCGAAUGACGCGACCUUACACUCGUCUCUAGCGGAACCGAUAUCAGAACUGAGCAACGACCUUGAUAAGUAUCAACAGAUGAUCGAGGCCACAGUCGACAUGGACGCCGUCGACAGAGGUGAUUACCUAGUGAAGCCAUCGUUUGAUGAACAAUUACAAAGCUUAGCCGAUCAGCUGGAGAAACUGCAGUCAUCUGCGGAGAGGGAACUCAACAAGGCUGCCAGAGACUUGGGCUUGGACGCUGGGAAAGCUAUCAAACUCGAGAGCAAUCCGCAAAAUGGUUUUAACUUUAGAGUGACUUUAAAAGAAGAACACGGUCUUCGUGGUAAUAAGAAGUACACGAUAAUCGACGCGGUCAAGAGCGGAGUCAGAUUUAAGAAUAGCGCGUUAGAAAGUAUCACCGAAGAGUAUUUGCAAACGAAAAGUACCUACGAGAAGGAACAAGACAAAGUCGUUACGGAAAUCAUCGGUAUUGCUGGCGGCUACUCGGAGUGCCUGUGCUGCCUGUCGCUGCAGCUGUCCCGCCUGGACGUGCUGCUGGCCUACUCGUUGGCGGCCACCAGCGCGCCCGCCCCCUACUGCCGCCCGGUACUCUCCCCCCACCUGGACGAGCUGGUGCUGAUCGACCUGCGCCACCCGUGUCUGGAGGUGCAGGAGGGCGUUUCCUUCAUCCCCAACGACGUUGUGUUCAAGCGAGAGUCGUGCGUGCUGCACGUGGUGACGGGCGCCAACAUGGGCGGCAAGUCGACGUGGCUGCGCGCGGCGGGCGCUGCAGCGCUGCUGGCGCACGCGGGCGCCGCCGUGCCCGCCGCGCGCGCCGCGCUGCCGGCGCUGCGGGCGCUGCUGGCGCGCCUCGGCGCCGCCGACUGCGAGCGGCGCGGACACAGCACCUUCAUGAUGGAGAUGGUGGAGGCCGCCGCCAUCCUCAGGACUGCAACACCAGACUCCCUCGUCCUCAUUGACGAACUCGGUCGAGGCACAUCUACUUAUGAAGGCUGCGGAAUAGCUUGGGCAAUAGCAGAAAAACUAGCAACGGAAAUUAAAUGUUUCUGUCUAUUCGCGACUCACUAUCACGAAUUGACUCGACUCCCGAGCUUACAUCCGAAUGUGAUCGUGAAUUCCCACGCCGAAGCCUCCGUUGUGGACCAACAAUUGGUGCUGCUGCAUAAAAUCCUACCGGGGCCCGCAACGCAAUCGCUGGGACUGCAUAUUGCCAAGCUGGCUGAUCUUCCUGACUCAAUCAUUCAGUACGCUGAAGCUCAACAGGCGCAAUUGGAAACCAACCUAUUUGAAAUUGAAUCUGCCUUCAAGUCCGAAGAAAACACCGAAGGACAGAAGUUGAUAUCGGACUUUUUGCAAAAAUGCAAAGAAAUACAUAACUCUAUUACUUCAGAUGAUGAAAUGUUAAUCGAAAUAAAUAAACUUAAGCAACAAAUGUUAGACAAGGAUAGUAAAUAUGUGCAGGCGUUAAUGUCGACCUUGUAAACUUUUGUAUUUGACGAAGAAGUAAAUGAUUUAAAAACUUUUAAA